GGCAACGUGAGCAGCUGAAGCUGAACCCAUCCCUCCGCGUAGCUCCAGCUCCAGCCAGUGAAACGGCGGCCCUUGCAGCUGAAACCGAGCCAGGGUGCACCGCAGCACAGACGGUGAUGUUCCAAGCAGGAGCGCAGUGCUGCGGCAGCCCCACCACCCCCAACGCGAGCAACGUCGGCAGAGCGCGCACCCGGCGUCGCCACGUCCUCCAUGCGUAUCAAUGCGCAGGGCUCCGGGAGGGCAACGCCGCGAGAUUCCCAUCCCACUCCACCAACCCAAGGUACCGAUAGGCUGGGAAGGCAGGCACCGUGUCCUUUUCCCCGCGAGUGGCAAACGUCAAACCUGUGACGAAGCAAAUCUACCAGCGGGUGCGCAGCACAAAAAAAAGCCCUCUCCCUUGAAGCCGGCGCGGCCGGAGCCCAUCGGAUCGUGACGCCGUAUCGGUAGCCUGCCGGUUAGCGCGCAACCCAUCCCGUUGCAAUCGAAUCGGGUCGCGGCCGCCGAGCGGUCCGGCAAGCGAGCGCCCGAUGCUGCAGCGGUGGGGAAGCUGCUUCUCGGGCCGCGCCGACGCCCGCGUGGGCGGGCGCGCGCCGGAGGAGCCGGAGCCGGAGGUCUUCUCCUUCGCCGACCCCUUCCCGACGUGGCCCCCAGGUGGGGGAUUCGCGCAGGGGAGGAUGUGCAUCGGCGGAGGGGCGCUGGAGCUCGCUGCGGCCACCGCCUUCCAGAAGAUCUGCACCCUGUCGUCGCCGCGGCGCGGCGGCAGCGCCACCUUCUACCGGCCGCUCGGCGUCCCCGAGGGCUUCUCCCUCCUCGGCCACUACUGCCAGCCCAACUGCCGCCCGCUCCACGGCCACCUACUCGUCGCGAGGGUGGGCGCGCGCCCGGCCAAUGGCCCGCCUCAGCUUCCGCCGCUCUGCGCGCCGCGGGACUACGCGCUCGUCUGGGAAUUCCGUACCCGUGGUGUCGGCAAUGGCAACCGUAGCAAUGCCGGCUACGGCUACGGCAGCAGCAACGCCUACUUCUGGCUCCCCGUUCCGCCGGAGGGGUACCGGGCGCUCGGGUGCAUCGUCACGACGGACCCUCGCAAGCCGCCGCUCGACGAGGUGGGCUGCGUCCGCGCGGACCUCACGGACGAGUGCGAACCGCACGGGUCGCUGCUCCUCCUGCAGCUCGCGCGGCCGUCGUCGGCGUCCUGCGCGGCUUUCGCCGUGCGGGGCGUGAGGCCGGUGCACCGGGGGAUGUGUGGGAGGGGCGUGGGCGUGGGGACCUUCUGCUGCGCUGCGGACGGGAGCUCCCCACAGGAGCAGGGCCUGGCGUGCCUGAGCAACGUCGAGCUCGACCUGUCGGCGAUGCCAACCUUGGAUCAGGCGCACGCGGUGAUCCAGCACUACGGCCCCACGGUGUUCUUCCACCCCAAGGAGGUCUACCUGCCGUCGUCCGUCUCUUGGUUCUUCAAGAACGGAGCCACACUGUACAAGCGAGGGGGAGAUGCCGUCGGCGAGGAGAUCGACAGCGAGGGGUCCAACCUCCCGGGCGGCGGGUGCAACGACGGGGAGUACUGGAUCGACAUUCCCUGUGGCGAGCGGGGGCGCGCCGUCUGCCGCGGUGACGUCGACAGCGCGGAGCUGUACGCGCACGUGAAACCGGCCAUGGGCGGGACGUGCACGGACGUGGCUAUGUGGGUGUUCUGCCCGUUCAACGGCCCGGCGCGCCUCAAGUUCGGCGUGGUCAGUCUCCCGCUCGGCAAGACCGGGCGGCACAUCGGUGACUGGGAGCACUUCACGCUCCGCGUCAGCAACCUCACCGGCGAGCUCAUGGCCGUGUACUACUCGCAGCACAGCGGCGGGCACUGGGUGGACGCGUCCGCGCUGGAGUACAUCGACGGCAACCGGCCCGUGGUGUACUCGUCCAGGAACGGGCACGCGAGCUACGCGUACCCCGGCGUGUACCUGCAGGGCUCGGCCGCGCUCGGGAUCGGCAUACGCAACGACGCCGCGCGCAGCAGGUUGUUCGUGGACUCCAGCGCCAGGUACCGCAUCGUAGCGAUGGAGUACCUGGGCGACGGCGCCGUCGCCGAGCCGCAGUGGCUGCAGUUCAUGCGGGAGUGGGGGCCGACGGUGGUGUACAAGUCCAGGAAGCGGAUGGAGCGGAUGCUCCAGCGCCUGCCUCCCCGGCUCAGGUGUGGAGCGGAGAACAUGCUGAACAAGAUGCCGAACGAGCUGUCCAGGGAGGAAGGGCCGACCGGGCCCAAGGAGAAGAACAACUGGGAGGGAGACGAGAGAUGGUAGGAGUAAGAUUUUAAGAUGUGUGUGGCUUGACAUUGGCAUUGAUGAGCUUCACUGUAGAACAGCGAUGAUUGUGCUCUGACCAACGAUUCUGAUUAUUGAUUGCAAUACAACUGUUAAGUUUGCGCAGUUUAUUCAUCCAACUGAAGUGAAUAUGUUCGAGUCAAAAUAUUAUGUGAUGCGCUUGGUAGUCAGAAUUGCUGAUUGAUGACCUUCAGCAGUAGAAAUGUGAUAUAAACAUUGUUGCUCUGUAGCAAAAAUUAUGAACAAAGCCGACGUGUCUUUCUCUGCUA